AUGUUUUCUCCGGUUCGAGCACGUUCCCUGUCUGUUCAGGCUCCUCUGCCUCCAGAGGCUCCGCUUGCACAGGCUUCUCAGCCUAUUCAGGCCCUCCCGUCUGUUCAGGCUUCUUUGUCUCCAAAGGCUCCUCAAUUUGUUCUGGUUCCUGAGUUUGUCCAGGCUCCUCAAUCUGCUCAGACUCACCAAGCUUCUCAGGCUCCUCAGCCUGUGCAGGAGGCUUCUGAUACUAACUUCAAACAAAUCUUCCCCCACCUCAUCUCUACUCCCCCACAGGAGCCGGCUUCAGCUGCCUUUGUUCUGGCCUCUCGUGGUGAUCCAUUCACAAAGUUGGAAGAGGGUCAGAUCUUUGAGUCAAGUAUCAUCACCGCGGGAUCGGCUCGUCUUGGCUCCCUUGAUAUCGAAACCAUGACGGCAGGCAAUGUCCUGUUUACUUUUGGCAUUCUGGGUUUCAUGGCUAACCUGAGGCCAAUCUUCACCUACAAGUAUGGUUCUGAUGGGAAGAAGAUCGGUGUUCGACUCUCCCUCUAUGGCCAUACUGUGGUGGUUGAGCCUUCUGCGUUGGAUGCUCAUUCUAUGCGCAUCAUUGCUUGCCGUCGUGGUCUUGCGAAGUUGCGCAAGUUUAACCCGGAAUGGGUUCUGCCUCCCCAGCCUAUGGAAGGUCCUUCUGGGCCUGCAUGGAGCUGGGUACAGCUUCUUUACGGUGAGUCUCUCUGCUUCGCUUGCUUUGCACUCAACAAUCUUUCGGGGAUGGACGGUGACCAUUGGAAGGCUCCCUUCAAUGGUGCUGACUAUGAAUUAGAUUUCUGCAGUGACCAGGCCUGGUCGGCCCCUGGUUAUAACGGGAGUGUCCUGGAUGCGCAGUACUUCUGCGAUGUCCUUGUGAAUGGCCAGGUUUUCCGCACGGCUCGGCAGUGCGCCACUGCAGAGGAGGCUCAGAAUACGGUUGCGCAUAUUGCACUGCAUCAGCUGUUUACUGCCGAGGAGCUCUUUGGGGAAGGAUCCAUUCUGCCCGCUGAUACUCCUCUUGAUCUUCCUGCUGAUUUUCAUGCUCGUCCUGCUGGACCUCCGCUGCGACCUAUCCAUGUCAACAGCAGAAAUACUCUGCUUGAUGUGAGAGAGCGUGUGUCUCACCCCCAGGUUCAGGGAUUUACGGUUGCACUGGAGGAUGAGCUGCAAGAUUUGAUUCUAGACUCCCAUCCGAAGCGUGCACAGGAGCGUGCCCAGCGUCCCAAGCCCUCGAAGAUUGAGGGUCCCUUCCAGCCCCAAAAGGUGAAGAAGAGGAAGGCGAGGAAUAAGAACAAGAACAAGAACAAGAACAAACCUCCAGCCGAGCAACCCCAGCAGAAGGCUAAGCCCGUGGCCCAGCGGCCCCAGAACAAGGCCAAACCUCCAGUGAAUCAAGACCGUACCAAGUCGAACUCGAACAUGGUUCCCUUGAGGUACAACCGGCUGCCUCUGCUUGAGCAACCGGAUGUCGCCGAAGACAAGCUGGCCAUGCUCAAGGCAGUCCAGGCGGGCUUGAAUGAGCUGCACGCUACAGCUUCAUACUGGCGCUUGCUGAACAAAUUCUGCGAAGUCCUGAAGAUCGAAGUCCCUAAAAUCCGUCAGCAUCAAAACUGCAAUGACAACCCCAAACGUUCCCACCUGAUCCGUGCCUGGUUUGAUGGAAGCAACCCCUACCUCAGCAGAGCUAGUCCCGUGCAUAUUGCCGACAUUGACCCAAUGUCGGAGAAUGCCGCACACGCCCUGGGUGUUCAGAAGGUCAUCGUGUAUCUGCUGAAGAUCCUCAGGGAGGACGCUGAGAUCGAUGUCUCGAGUGAGGCGUACCGUGGACAGCUGUCGCUUUUGCGUAACUUGGAGCUCGAGAUUGAGGAUCGCUGCUGA